CACACGAGCGGCCCGUGUUGGUUCCAGCUGACUGGCAGAGAGGGAGAGAGAGGGAGAGAGAGGAAAAUAAGAGCCAUCAGCCCCAUCUAUCCGUCUCUCAUACUACUGGAUAUUAUUAUUUUUUCCUGGGGAUCUCUUUAUUUCCGUCAUCUUGUCAUUUUUUCGCCCCUCUUUUUGUUCUUCGCUCUUUUCUGUCUUGGAGACUUCCCACCGCCGCGACUCGACUGUACUCCGCUGUUUCUACUGCCUUUAUUUCUGCUCUCUUAAUAUUGUUUAUAGCUCCCUCUGGACUCACCGAGCGAUCGACCGACCAACUAACCGACUGACAGCUACUCCUGGAGGAUGAAUUAGACUCGGUCAACAUGGUGCCAUUUUGGAUAUAAAUCCUCCCUCUUUUUUCUUUUUUGUUUCGUUUUUUUUCUUUCGCACAUUUUCUUGCAUGGGACUGGCGACAAUCAGGUGGACACCCUGAGCGCACACGCGUCACCUGUCCGCGCACCUUUUGAAGGCGCGCCCGUCAAUUAGCAUCACUAAGUGGAUUAUUUUGAUCUUACGGUCUCUUGCAGGUUGCCCCACUCCACUUCCUCCUACCCUCACCUCCUCCUGUCCUCCUCCUCCUCCUCUUAUUCCCCCCGAGAAGUUAUGUCAAGGCCUCUCACCCAGCUCCUACCACCGGAUCUCCCUGCCGGGGCCACAAGCCCUCAGUUUGGGGCCAGCAACCCGGCUGGAAGCGGCCCCCAAGGUGGACACCUGACCUCUAUGACCAACCUGAAGUCUCUGCUUCAGGUGCCAAUCAAGGCAGACCAGAGAGGCCCCAAGGACUGUUGCGAGAUGAAGGACAAAGACAAGCCUCUGGACUCCGAUGAAGACUCUCUGGGUGUCAGUGCCGGUGGAGCAAAUGGGGUGGGAGGAACCCCAGGCUCCGGCGCACUGCGACCCAACUCACAGUCAGCCUUCCUAGGCCCGCUGCUGUGGGAGAGGACCCUGCCGUGUGAUGGAGGCCUGUUCCAGCUGCAGUACAUGGACUUGGAGGAGUUCCUGACUGAGAAUGGGAUGGGGAUGCACAGCAAUGGGCCCAGCUCUGCUACUGCCCAGAUCCCCUCGCAGAGCUCCCAGUCUGCGGUGCCUAACCAGAGUUCUCAGUGUCCUCCCACCUCUCCUCCGCCCUGCUCCUCCUCUUCCUCCUCCAUGUCCUCCUCAUCCUCUUCUUCUUCACUGCUUGGAUUGGAGACCGUCCAACCACAACCACAGCCGCCACCACCUCAACAGCAGCAAAGCAUGAUGGGAGGACCUGAGUGUCUACAUGGUGGUCAGGCAGUGCCUCAGGACCCGUCACCCCCUUCUACCUGCCCUCCGGCCCCCCCUGGACCUCCAGCCGGCACCAACGGCAACAGCGACAUCAUGGUGAACUUUGACCCUGACCCGGCGGACCUAGCGUUGUCCAGCGUGCCAGGCCAGGAGGCAUUUGACCCACGGCGGCACCGCUUCACGGAGGACGAGCUGAAACCUCAGCCGAUGAUCAAGAAGGCCCGCAAGAUGCUGGUUCCUGACGAGCAGAAGGAUGAGAAAUACUGGAGCCGGCGAGUGAAAAACAACGAGGCGGCGAAGCGCUCGCGGGACGCCCGGCGACUGAAGGAGAACCAGAUCUCAGUGCGCGCGGCCUUCCUGGAGCGAGAGAACGCCGCCCUUCGCCAGGAGGUGGCUGACAUGAGGAAAGAGCUGGGCCGCUGCAGGAACAUCAUCAACAAGUACGAGAGCCGGCACGGAGACUUGUGAGGAGACGGACGGAGGCGGAAAAGGCGGGAGGGGCAUCGGAGAUGAGACAAGGGUACAAGGCAACCCAGCAACAGCAGCACUUUAGUUGAAGUGGCGAGUCGGGGGUGGGGGGAGGCUGACGUAGAUCUGCAGUAAGCACCGUGCGACACCGGGCGCAAACGCCACAAGCGUCUUUUAGCGCGCGCGCUGUGCUUCAGGAUGUCAUGACAGGAAAGCACAGCGGCGCCACAGUUUAUUUUCCGAGUUUGACUCUGUAGAUGCUGCUUUGCUGAAUCCACACACCGUACUGUAUCACCACCUCGUGACACCUCGGCAGCUUUACCCUUGGUGCUGUGCUUACGCCCGGUGCCGCAUGGCGUUUUUGCAGGUAGUGCGUUUCCAUCCGCCGCUCUGGCCCGUUCAAACAGGGUGUUGAAUUCACAAUAUGCCAGUGAAAUCUCACUUUUUAAGCUCAAGGCAUGGACACAAGCCAGAAGAGGUCAGAUGUGUAAUUUUUUGUUUUCUAUAAAUAGGAAAAAAAGAAAACAUGUAUAUUUUUGAACUGGGCAGGAAAGCAAGACUAGUCCAGCAAAGAGGAGGACGGGGGGAGGAAGAAGAGCAGGGCUUUCGUCAAUAACGCAAAGAGAUUUUGACAUAGGAUUAUUGUAUAUUUUUCUAUUAGCAGAGGUAUUUAGGAGGAGGAUUUUGGAGAUAAUCUUUUGUAUAUUUUAUAUAUGGGGCGGGAGGGGCUGUUAGCUGGACAGUCACGGGGCCACAUAAAGCGCUUUUCCUCCCAGCUGUUUAUUGCUAAACAACAAAUAAUCUAUUUUCAAAUUUACAGAGCUGGUUAGUCAGAGGAAGAGGUGUAACAGAGAAUGUAUCACGGUCGAAUCAGGUAUUUCACACAGCGUGAGACAAGGCGAGGUAUUUUAGACUGUUUUCGGCGCUGAAGGGGGGAGGAGGAGGGUGGGCGGAGGCAGGAAGAAGGCAAAACAACA